CCUGUGAUGUUUCUCACAGAUGACGUCGGAGCUGGAGCACAUAAAAGCCCAUCACAAGGGUGAGCAGCAGUCCUUGGGCUUCCAAACUCCCCUAAGCCAAGUGAGCUGGGAAGGGAAACCAUGAGUACCAUUUCCAUGAACUCCUUGAAGAGCUCCCUGCUGAAGCUAGAAUGUCAUUUCACAUGGACUUUGCUGAAGCAGGAUGUGGAUCUCCAUCACCUUGAAGAAACAACAGGUGAUCAGAUCGAGUUCUUCGCAGAAUCCAACAUCACAAACUAUAAUCUACUCUCCUAUGUGUGCCACCUGAAGGAUUCAAAUGAGGAAGCCCUGAGAAAUCUCCAAAAAGCUGAAGAAGCAGCUCAAAAAAAUCCUUCAGAUGAAAUGGACUGGAGAAUUCUUGUUACCUGGGGGAACUACGCCUGGAUCUAUUACCACAUGAAGAGAUACGAAGAAGCUCAGGCUUAUGUCAGCAAAGUGGAAAACAGCUGCAAAAAGCUUUCAAGUGCUGCUCAAGGGAAGAUUCGGCUUCCAGAGAUCUGGGCUGAGCAAGGAUGGGCUUUGUUAAAGUUUGGGGAAAAAUACUACCCGAGAGCAAAGGAUUGCUUUGAAACUGCUCUGAGGGAAGAACCCGAUAACCCCCGAUUUAACGCCGGCUACGCAAUAGUCAUGUACCGUUUGGAGGUUUUCUCUCACAGACGAUGCGAAGACAUAAGCCCAGCCCUGCAGCCCCUGAAGCGUGCAAUGGAACUGAAUCCAGAGAACACUUUCAUCAUGGUAUUACUUGGGUUAAAACUUCAGGAGCUGAAGAAAGUGGAGGCAGGGGAGAGGUACAUUGAAGAAGCGAUGCAGAUAAACCCAGACCUUCCUUACGUCCAGCGAUACGCUGCUAAAUUUUACAGAAGGAAAGGAGAAAUGGACAAAGCACUGGAGAUUUUGAAAAAGGCCCUAGCAGUGAUCCCAAGAUCUGCCUUUUUGCAUCACCAAAUGGGACUUUGCUACGCAGGAAAGCUGUCGCAGUUGAAAAGGUCUACAAAAUAUCCACCGCGAGAGCAAGUGCAGGAGCUCAUCCGACUUGCCAUUUUUCAUAUUAAAAUAGCGAUUGACGAAAAGACAAAUUUUUUUUCUGCCCAUAUGGACCUAGCAAACAUGUAUGCGCAAGGAAACAGGUAUAGAGAAGCAGAAGAGACAUUUCAGAAAGCGUUUAAUAUAAGUAUUCUAUCCUAUGAUGACAAACAAGCAUACUACUACCAUUAUGGCAAUUUUCAGCGUUUCCAGAGGAAAUCAGAGUCUGAAGCCAUUAGGUAUUACCUAGAAGGGCUGAAAAUUGAAAAAGAGUCUUAUGGAAGAUAUAUGUGCAGAAACGCUCUGACGAAAAUGUUGGAAUGGAGAAUUCAGAGAGGGUUAGCAGACGCCACAGAUUUUGGUACACUUGGGCUCGUUCACAAACUGAGCGGUGAGCACCGCAAAGCCAUCGAGUGCUACGAGGAAGCCCUCGCUCUGUGUCCCCACAAUGAAGAGUAUCUGAGUGCAUUAUGUGAGCUGCGACUUUCCAUCUCAAGCUAGAGCUCCCAAAGAUCCUUCACGCUGAAAAAAAAGUGAUGAUCUGAAGAACACAGAGCUUCUAAUGAAAUAAAAAAAAAUAUCAAAUCAAAUCAGAUCUAAAUCACAUAUUACCCUUCUCCAAGAAAAAGAUACAGGUGUCAUGUUGUAGUAUUUCACCUAUCCACUUGGAAGGCAUGCUUAUACAUAAAUGGAACUUCUGAUGCUUUUUCAAUUGUUUUAAAAAAAUGUAUUUUUUGGUGUUAUUUAGAAGAUGCUUGGAUUAAACCUAGUUCAGUUUACUGCCUUGUGUAUUGUUUAACUAUGUUUAACUAUUGUUUAACUGCCUUGUGUAUUGUUUAACUAUGAAAAGUAAGCACUGUUUGGCUAGUUCACUGGAAAGCUUCCAAAAUGGAUAUUAAAGAGCUUUGCAUCCAUUGA